AUGAUGUUCAUCACCAAACCUAAGCUUCCCUUGUUUUUGUUCCUCUUCACUCUUGUCCUCGCCACCUCUUUGUCUUGCACUCUUGCUUCUCGUAGCCAGGGGAAGCAACAGCAAUAUAGGCAGCAGUGCCAGCAGCGUUGCCAGGGCCAGGGACAGCAGUGCCAGGAGCAGUGCGAAGAGCAGCUGAGGCAGCUGGAUCAGUGCCAAGAACAGUGCCGGAUGCAGGGGCAACCGCAACACCAAUGCCAACAGAUGUGUAGGCAGCAGCUUGAACAAGAGCAGGGAUUUAAUAGUAAUCAAGGGAAGCAGCAGCAAUAUAGGCAGCAGUGCCAGCAGCGUUGCCAGGGCCAGGGACGGCAGUGCCAGGAGCAGUGCGAAGAGCAGCUGAGGCAGCUAGAUCAGUGCCAAGAACAGUGCCGGAUGCAGGGGCAGCCGCAACACCAAUGCCAACAGAUGUGUAGGCAGCAGCUUGAACAAGGGCAGGGAUUUAAUAGUAAUCAGGGGAAGCAGCAGCAAUAUAGGCAGCAGUGCCAGCAGCGUUGCCAGGGCCAGGGACGGCAAUGCCAGGAGCAGUGCGAAGAGCAGCUGAGGCAGCUAGAUCAGUGCCAAGAACAGUGCCGGAUGCAGGGGCAACCGCAACACCAAUGCCGACAGAUGUGUAGGCAGCAGCUUGAACAAGGGCAGGGAUUUAAUAGUAAUCAGGGGAAGCAGCAGCAAUAUAGGCAGCAGUGCCAGCAGCGUUGCCAGGGCCAGGGACGGCAGUGCCAGGAGCAGUGCGAAGAGCAGCUGAGGCAGCUAGAUCAGUGCCAAGAACAGUGCCGGAUGCAGGGGCAACCUCAACACCAAUGCCGACAGAUGUGUAGGCAGCAGCUUGAACAAGGGCAGGGAUUUAAUAGUAAUCAGGGGAAGCAGCAGCAAUAUAGGCAGCAGUGCCAGCAGCGUUGCCAGGGCCAGGGACGGCAGUGCCAGGAGCAGUGCGAAGAGCAGCUGAGGCAACUAGAUCAGUGCCAAGAACAGUGCCGGAUGCAGGGGCAACCACAACACCAAUGCCAACGUAUGUGUAGGCAGCAGCUUGAACAAGGGCAGGGCAUAAAAAUGGUGGUCAACUAUCCAGUCAUCUAA